UCCUCAUCCCACCCACUAAAGCUCCGCGAAAGGGUGUGCUUUUUGAAGGCUGUAUGAGGCUAUAAUACAGCUGCAGACAAGUCAAGUCGCCACUUGGUUUGAUACCCCGGGAAAAAGCCUACGAGGCAGAGGGGGAGCAUACGCACAAGUAUCCCCCCCCCCCGCAUCCUACGUCUGAGCUCAGCACAGGGUCUAGUCUCUCCGGACAUACCGCGGAGAUGCGGAACACACGGAGGUUAAUAUCAAAAAGUUGGUGUAGUCGGGGCACACGGUGAACACAUAAUGUGGCAGCUGCCGUGUAGCUUCUAUUCAAGGUCAGUAUCUGAGCUCGGCCGCCUCACGGACGAGUGUCUUAGGUAGGAGGGGGAGAGAGGAGACGCUGAAGGGAUGCCGCUGUGCCUCGUUUACCUCCAGCAUCAACGAUGACAUCUUCCACCGAAGAAGACGUUGAUAGUCAAUGACAAGGAAACGGACAAACUUGUGAAACGCUGCUAUGAAGAGCAACUGAGGUUACUGGGCUGUUGUAAAAGAAAAAAAAGACACUCUUUCAGCAUCUUGGCGUUUCCUGCUUUCUUUCCACAACGGCCUGUGCUGGAAGCGGCUGUUUACCUGGCUACAACAAGCGAAGAAGUCUAGCUAGCUAACGUUAACUGACAUAAUGAGGGGUCUGGUUCGGUUUCGCUUUGGUUCAAUGUCAGUUUGACGGACUGACUGUCAGAAUCUUCUACGGUUGAGGAGUUUUAACUAACGCGACACUACGAAGUGAUCAUUGGCACAACUUCCUUAAACUUCCCCGGCUUUUCAAGCUGACUUGUUAAAAACAAAAAACAAACUCGUAUUCAUUUUCAUUCAAGGUCGCCUUUAUUUUUCGGCAAUAAUGCCUUCCAGGACUGUGUCACACGGGUCUUCGGGCCGGCUUCGUGGACUGUUCUUGGUGAUGGUUUUAGUGUUUCUGGAGAGCUCCGUGUUUACCCUCGCAUUUGCCAGCUCCGACCAGCAUUCUCCUACCACGGCUCACUCGGACGGCCACAAAGCGACUGACCAUGGCAGUCACAACAACACUGGAAAGGCUUUCCCUGUGCUAGACUUGAACUACGAAAACGUACGGGUCCCGUUUGAAAUCUCAUUAUGGGUCCUGCUCGCCUCUUUGAUGAAAUUAGGGUUCCAUCUGGUUCCUCACUUAUCCAAUAUUGUGCCAGAGAGCUGCCUGUUGAUCGUGGUGGGCUUGCUGGUAGGGGGAAUCAUCAGAGGUACUGGUGAAACGGUCCCACCAGUGCUGGACUCUAAAUUGUUUUUUUACAUCCUGCUGCCCCCCAUUAUCCUGGAUGCUGGCUACUUCCUGCCCAUCCGUCCUUUCAUGGAGAACCUGGGCACAAUCCUGAUAUUUGCCGUUGUGGGUACUCUUUGGAAUGCCUUCUUUGUUGGGGGCUUGCUAUAUGGUGUGUGUCAGAUUGGUACAGAAAGCAGUUCAAUCCUUAGCAGAAUAGGGCUUCUGCAGUGCCUGCUCUUUGGUUCCAUCAUAUCAGCUGUGGAUCCUGUUGCUGUGCUUGCUGUGUUUGAGGAGAUCCACAUCAAUGAGCUCUUGCACAUCCUGGUGUUUGGCGAAUCACUACUCAAUGAUGCCGUAACUGUGGUAUUGUACCACCUUUUUGAGGAGUUUUCAGGCAUUGGCACGGUGACGUUGGUGAAAGGCUUCCUGGGAGUCAUCUCCUUUUUUGUAGUCGCCCUGGGUGGCGUUCUAGUUGGAGUUCUGUACGGGAUCCUCGCUGCCUUCACCUCACGCUUCACCUCCCACACGCGCGUCAUCGAGCCUCUUUUUGUCUUUUUGUACAGCUACAUGGCCUACCUGUCUGCUGAGAUAUUCCACCUCUCCGGCAUCAUGGCGUUAAUAGCAUGCGGCGCCGUGAUGCGACCCUAUGUGGAGGCCAACAUAUCCCACAAGUCCCACACCACCAUUAAAUACUUCUUGAAAAUGUGGAGCAGCGUCAGUGAGACUCUAAUCUUUAUUUUUCUGGGAGUAGCCACGGUUGCCGGACCUCACGAUUGGAACUGGACCUUCGUCACUGUCACAGUCAUUCUGUGUCUUGUUGCACGGGUUAUAGGUGUUGUUGGUCUGACCUUUAUAAUCAACAAGUUCCGCAUUGUCAAGCUGACCACCAAGGAUCAGUUCAUUAUAGCCUACGGUGGCCUGCGAGGUGCCAUUGCCUUUUCCCUUGGUUUCCUGCUUGAAAAAGAUCACUUUCCUGAGAGGGAAAUUUUCCUCACUGCCAUUAUCACUGUGAUUUUCUUCACUGUCUUUGUUCAGGGGAUGACCAUCAAACCCCUGGUGGAGCUGCUGGCGGUGAAGAAAAAACAAGAGGCCAAACGCUCCAUUAAUGAAGAGAUCCACACCCAGUUCCUUGACCACUUACUCACUGGCAUCGAGGAUAUCUGUGGACACUAUGGACAUCACCACUGGAAGGACAAACUGAACCGCUUCAACAAGAAGUAUGUGAAGAAGUGCCUGAUUGCCGGCGAACGCUCCAAAGAGCCGCAGCUCAUUGCCUUCUACCACAAGAUGGAGAUGAAACAGGCCAUUCAGCUGGUGGAGAGUGGAGGGGGAAUCAAGCUGCCUUCUGCUAUGCCUUCCACUGUUUCCAUGCAGAACAUCCAGCCCAGGCCUCCUACCAAGCCUGCAGCAGAGCGAGCUAUUCCACAGCUGUCUAAAACCAAAGAGGAGGAAAUCCGGAAAAUCCUCAGGACCAACCUUCAGAGGACACGACAGAGGCUGCGCUCGUAUAACAGACAUACACUGGUGGCCGAUCCUUACGAGGAUGGACUCAGCGAUUUAUUCCUAAAGAAGCAAAAGAUGUUUCAGAUAGAGAAGAAGUUAAAGGAGAUGAAUACCUACCUGACGGUCCCUGCCCCUCCCCCUGAUUCCCCGACCAUGUGCAGAGCCAGACUGGCCUCAGGCAAACAUACUGAUUUCAAACCUGAUCAGGUGCAAAAAGGAAACAAAAUGUGUUCAGACCCGCAAGCCUACAGCAUUAAGCCUGCAUUGAACAAGGUGCCCAUGAUCCAGGUAGACCUGGCCUCUCCUCAGUCUCCAGACUCAGUUAAUCUGUUGGAUGAGUUCGGACAGGCUAACCAGCAGGAGGAGGAGGAGCAGGGCCUGAUGAUGAAGCCCCCGUCGAGGCCACGGGAAGGUAAAAAGCCGGGUGAAGAGGAUGAAGCAAAAGAUCAGCAGAAAUUAAUGAGGUGUCUGAGCGACCCUGGUCCCAGUGCAGAUGAAGAUGAGGAUGGGGCCUUCCUCCCCUGAGACAACAGGCCAGUUAUGUAACGGUCAGGCUGCAGCCCUCCUUUACCAGUUAGAGGGAAGAGGGCUGCUUCACCGCUCUGCUCUAAAUUAUCUCUUUGGUUCAGAAACCAAACAAGCCAAAACUGCAAAUACUGUAUGAACGGGAAACAAAAAGCAAAAGGAGAGUUCCUGAGAACGGCGGGGGGAAGAGCCAUUCGUUUGUUAUUCUCAUUGCUCUUUAUUUUAUUAGGUAGCACUGGUAGAGCGACAGCUGGAGUCGCUAUGUGAGGGAUGGUGGAGGGUUUUGAUGACAGUCUGAGACAUUCAGGAAAGAACUAUGCAUUACCAAAGGUUUGGACUGUUCCAGUUUCAGACGAUGUUGUUUUUACUUUAGCGUCAGACUGUUUUUCCGUCUUGAUGAUAGCGUGGUUGUUAGUUUUAUGUUUGGUCAUGUUUUUACGGCUUCUGUCUUCAAAAAACACGUUCUCACUUGCUGGGUAAGCCACAAAAAUGACUUCAGCCUAGUUUUGACUUUUAUUGCACUCAAGUUUCUCGCUGUCAUUCUGUCACUUGAAGUUCCUGGGUAUCCAAUCGUUUAGAUUGCAGCUUUUUAGAAAUCUCUAGGCCUUAUUUGAUGUCAAACCUUUUCACUUGGUGCAUUUUUAAAAAUUGUAUCUGUUUUUUAUGACAUAUUUUAAUUUCAGGGACGCAAACAUCUGUUUGUAGGUUUGUAGGUUAUGGGUUAAAAGCUGGAUGUUUUUUAGUCGCCGUGUAAACCACAGUUGUUUUCCUGUCUGUUGAGCGACUUUAUGGGGUCUACAACACCUACAAACCUGAAGUUUAGGCCGUAAAGCAGUACAGAUGUUUUGAUCUGCCAGUAUACAUAUUAAUUCACUACCCAAGUUAAAUCACAUAUUGUCAUAUCCUUAUAUGUAUGUUUUAUGUUUAGUUUAUAAGACCCUUUAAAACUCACUCAUCCCAUCAGCUUUCACACUCAUCAUAUUUUAGACCUCCAAAUGUUUUUUUUGUAGAUCUUUAACUUUGUCUUUUUUUCUUUUUUUUUUUUUUUUUUAAACUGGCCUCAUGGGGAAGCAUUUUUGCCUCGCAUUAUUGUUGAGGAUAUAACAAGAGUUGACACUCGAGGGUUAGUUUGUACAGAAAUCAGUCCAUGCCUCCUAAGCUUCUUUAAAAAGCUAAGACUGCAGGCAUGUCAUGGCAAAAAAAAAAAUCAAACUCUAUGCAGCUCUGUAACAAAUUCAGACUAAACAUAAAAUGCUAUAUUAAUGAAUACCAUUCAUAAAUUAUGGCUUAUACACAUCAUUGCUGAAGGCAAAGCUAAAAUCUAACCCUGGCAUUAAGACAGUCUUUACACUUAACUAGAGUUUUUGCACAUCUGAGCAAGACUGAAACAUUACCUGCAGGCAUGAAAACAGAGUCUAGUGUUUCUUUGAUAUUCUUUAUGGUUGAACAGUGUGUUUGUAAAAUACGUCCACAUCUUUUUACAGAGCUACUCAGUGAUUUGGAAUAUAUAACAUUAGUUAUUUAAGUUACUGAUGCGAUAAAUUGCUGAUUCCUGCUUGUCUGGUUAAAUUCAAUAAAAGGGCAGUGGCCGAUGCCACAGAGUUAUUAGACGUGGGUGAAAGAAAAACUCAUGGGUUUAAAAUCACAUCGCUUGAAUCGAGUGAUGAAUUCGGCAUUGAAAACAAGUGAAUUAACUGAGUGAGUGUAUCACUGUUCUAGGUUGUUUUCUUGGUAUUAUUAACAACUGAACCCUUUUUGAGGUUCUUACAACCACAAACCUCACGUUACACCCGAGGAAAGAAUAAAAGCGCCUGACUGUCCUUAGCUCCUCCUACGAUCAUCUGCAAAUUUCUAGAUGUGGUUACUGUAGCAGGGGAUCACAUGCACUCAUCUGAAUGCGUGUGAAAGGGAGUAAAUCUCAGCAUAGCUACACCGUUGAGUUUGGUUCUCUAAAAUCAGUUACAGCUCACACAGACCUUUAAACAUCUCAUUUCCCUGUUUCCUGACUAAAUUGAAUUUCCCUUUGCUCUGAAAUGUCAGCAUGUCUGUUAGACUAUCAGGAGAUAUGUGGUGAAAAUGUCAACAAGGAUGUGGUCAAAGACCAAAGAAUUGUACCAGAACCUGGAACUGAAAUGACUUGCAGAACAACCCUCCAACCUCCUCUUUUUAAAGUUCCCUUAAAGGCUGUAAUAUUUGCACGCAGCUUUUAUGGCCGUCUAAAUUGGUGUUGAACUGAAAUUCCAGAAAUCCUGAGAGCCAUUUCUCUACAUCUCUUUAUCAUCGUCCCAGGUGAUCUAUGUUUUAGCAACUUAAAGGCAAUUUGCUCUUAACCCUUUACUACUUUGCAGAGUCUGACUAUUAGAUUUUAGGAAAGCUGCAGCAAGUAAUACAUUUCUAAAAGCACUACUACUUAUUAGUAUGUUUAACUGUUGAGCUGCAAAUCAGGUCCCAGUGUUCAAAUUCUGUCUAAUUAAAACAUGCUCACAAUACCUGUGCAUGUGAUCAAGCAGAGGGAAGCCAAAGGAGGCACAUUUACAUCCUACAAAAGACGCCACAUCAUUGAUUAUUAUAUUGUAUUGUUAUAUUAUUCCAAAGAGUUGAAUUUCUCCAGGAAAAAAAAGAAAAAAAAAAGAGAGAAACCUUUAUUUUUCAUACCAAAUGCAUAUUUUGGGCAAAUGUUAUCACACUCCAUGGAGGGUAAUGUUUGGUGCAGAAAACUUUAAACUGAAGCCAUACAGCCUGUAGAAGAACCUAUUUUAUUGUAACCAUAUAUAUAUAUUACAAAACAUCAUGUAAUGAUCACUCUUGCCUUUGUUUUGCUUGUUGCACAAACAAAAAAACAAAAGACCUUUAUAGUUAAACUGCCUGUUUUCUUCACAAUUUUGCUUCUUGUUCACUGAAUGUUUUUCUACACUGAUAAAUCGAUCAUCAAGCGGUGCGUGAGCAGAGCCGGAUGUUUGGGAUUGAUGCCAUUUGUUCUUGUCAGCAAGUUUAUGCAGAAACUACCAAGCAAAACUUCAUCACACUUCAUGCAAAGAGGUGGAGUGUGUGCAAAGUACAAAUGUUCGUACAAGUUUGGUGAGAUCGGGAUCGUUGUUGUGUAAUCCAUCUUUGUUCUUUGCAGAGGACGUGCUGUCCGAGUGUCCUCCUAGAUUUAAGUUGUGGUGUUGAAAUUACAGAAUCAACACUGUUGGCUCGCCAGUGUUGAUUUCAUAUUUUUCUUUUCAUAUUUCUGUGUUCUCUGAAACACACCAUGUGCUUUAUUUGUUCUUUUAAAGCGUUGUUUUUAUGAGCUUAUUCCAGUGUGAAAGUUUUUAUUGUAAGUAUUGUAUCUGAUGUUGUGCACUGCAUCACUUCAUGUGCUUUUCAGAAGGCUGUACUGUGGGUUUUCUCCAUCUUAUGUUUACGUGUACCAGGAGUUUAGAAGCAUUUGUCACCUGUGCUUUGAAAGGUGGAGGUGAAGCUUUACAGAGUAGGAAUGGGCUGACUUCCUUCAAAGUAUAAGUAAAGCUUUAUCACUCACUCGGUGUUCCAACCAACAAUCAACCAAAUUAACCUAAAGGCUCCAGUAACUUUUGCAUGCUUUUUUACCCCCUGAAUAGUUUUGUGUUUUUCUUGAUCUCCAGGCAGCUAUUGGUUUCUGUUCAUUGACAAUAUCUCAGAUCUCUGUGAAAUCUUCAGCUCAGUCACUCCAAAGGUCAAGUCAGCAUCCGCAUCUGAUAGAUUUUUGAAAUGCACUAAUAUAGUGGAGAUUCCUCCCAUUCAACAUAUCUGUUGGAUCUUAUGUUAGUAUUGAUGGAUAUUAAUGAAGAUUUGACAAGAAGGGGCAGCACAAUAAAUGUAAGCACUAAUUUGGUUAUGACUACAUGGGCUAAGACAUGCUAAAACACUGGCCGUCGAAGUACUCCUAACAUUUCACCAGCUGGGCAGUAUGAGGCUGACUAUUAUUAAAGGCAGUCAUCUGAGAAUGACACACAUGUUCCUGUCAGCACUGUAAUGACAUCCAGUGGCAUUACAUCGCCAUCCAAAGACUGUUGUCGUCUUCAUUCGUGUUUACUAGGCUCUGCUGUGUGUCACUAUUUUAUGCUGAGCACUUUAGUCAAGCGGUACCUUUAUCUUUUAACACAAACAUUACAGACGGAGCAAUAAUGAUAGUGAUGGAGUGUACACGCUGUGUGCGAUUGUCAGCCGAAACGUCACAGGAUAAAGGAAUGUACUUUUUGAAGGGCCUUAUUAUUAGGGAUGGAUUUGAUGUUCUUAGUCUUCAAACAGAGAAGCUGGAAACGGUGGAUUAUAAUUCCCUUUUAAUUCAUUUGUUUAUUUUGUGUCAGUCAUUCGUUUGAUGAUUUCAAAUGGAAUUUUUGCAUUGAUUAAAGGUUAUUUUUAAUUUUAUAUAUAUAUGAAUGAUAUUAUGGAAAAAUAUAGAAUAGCAGAUUUUAUUAUAUGAUGUACAAAUCUGAAUCUUAAGGAUGUCAUGUGUGCACUUUCUUGUUGAAUAAUCUUUAGCUUUCAGCAUUCCAUUGUAAUGACCUGUAAAACUAACAACUGGUAAAUAAAACCACAUCUGAAAGUAUA